GGCAGUGAUACUCCACUCUUAGAUAAUAUAUACUAAACUAUAUAGAUAAGAAGAUCACCCGUACUUGAAUGACAUCAUGAUCGAACGAUCAUCAACAUCAACCAUCAACCCCGCAACACCAUUCUUUAUAGUGAUACCAUACCACGCCAUACUCAAUUUACCCACCUCACACAGACAAUAGACAGCAUACAGACAGCAUACAGCUAGCCAGCCAGCCAGCCAUUCAUUCAAAUAAACCAACAGAAAAAAAGAGAGAAAGAAAAUGGAAUACGAAGCCCCCCUAGACUCCCUAGCAACAGUCAACGGCUGGGCCCAAGGCUCCCCCACACGACCGUUCGUCUCUAUCGUCAUGUGUUGAAUGUGAAGUAUCAGUUGGGGGAUAUGAACAACCCUCCACACCUCCAAAAAAACCCCCCACAAAGACCUCUCCUCCCCGCAACCCGACCAACCCACGUCCGCCCAAACCCACCUCCUCACCCUCCUCCGCACCCUCAAAAUCCAGCCCCCACCCCCGCCAUUCCGCAGAAACACCCCCCCGCGCCAACGCAGCCAUCCGUCCUCGUCUGGGCCGACCUGCCGCUCUUCGCGCAGUCCGUGCGCGCCGCCCUCCGCGACGCACCGGGCCUAGGACGCUGCGGGUUCUCCGAGGCUGAGACGGCCGGAUGGGAGAAUUUCACAGCGUUCGUGGCGCUUGUUGCUAGGGAUGUUUUGCCGCCUUCGCCUUUGGAGUAUUCUGGGGGUGGGCGUGGGAGUGGGCGUGGGAGUGGGGGGUUGGAGGGCGUGGCGGUUAGGAUGAUUCGGUUGGCGUUGGAGGAGAGACAUGAUGGGGGGUCGUCGGUUUAUGAGGAUGGGACUGGGGUGGAUGGUGAUGCUGUUGUUGAUGCGGAGAUUUUGCUUGGGGGGGCGGCUUCUGCUGUUUCCCCGGGUACUGCUACUGGUGGUACUGCUGGCGGUAGUAGAAGAGCUUCGCAGGUAAUCCCCACCUACGAAAGAGCGGACGAAGUCGCCAAGCUCAACGUCUACGUGGCGUGCGCUGCGCUGUGGGCGAUCAUCAUGGGCGAGGAGCUGUGGGAGCGCAAGGGCGAUAAGGUUGGCUCGGUGGUGGGGAUCACGGUGACGACGGGGAACAGGAGGCAGAGUCUCUUCCGGGAGGGGAUCCCGCUGCGGAGGUGGGAGAUGUGGACGAAUCGGUUGGAGUUUUUGAGUCGCAGGGAGGAUUUGAGGAUUGAGACGAGGGAAUUGGCGGCUGAGGGGGCGGCUGUUAUGAGGAGGGUUCUUUAAUUCUUUAAUUCUUUUAUUUUGUUUUUGUUUUGCAUUUUGUAUUUUUAUAUGUGUAUAUGUAUGCGUAUGGUUGCAUGCUGUAGUAUAGUUAUAGGUGAUGGCGAUGAUAUGUACAUCAAGUACAGUAUUCUUAUUUGCACUAGUAGCUAUGUUAUGUAUGUACUGAGAAAUGAUAAUAGCAAAAAAUAACCGUGUCAUCGCUUAAGCAAGUCAAUCCAGCUGGUCGAUCCUCAUCUUGAUGUAUUCGAACAUGCUCAGCAAG